UGCUCUAAAAUCUGAAUCUGAUGGAAUGUGGUUGUGCCAUGACGAUGCAGCCGGUGGUUGCGACGGUGGUGCUCAAGAUCGGCUCCACGGGGCUCCACUGCGACGGCUGCAUGAACCGCAUCCGCAGCAAGCUCUUCAAGAUCAAGGGGGUGGAGCAGGUGCGCAUGGACAUGGCCAAGAACCAGGUGACGGUGACGGGGACCAUGGACGCCAAGGCACUGCCGGAGAAGCUGCGCAAGAAGCUGCGGCGCCCCGUGGACGUGGUGGCGCCGGGCAAGGACAAGGACGGCAAGGAGAAGGACGGGAAGGAAGGCGGCGGCAAGGACGGGAAGGACGGCAAGGAGAAGGACGGGAAGGACGCGGCGACCAAGGCCCUGACGGCGGAGAUGGAGGCGUGGAAGGCCGCCUUCUACGACCAGCAGUCCCUGAUCAACGCCGAGUUCAUGCUCAGCGACGAGAACCCCAACGCCUGCGCCGUCAUGUGAUCGUGAUCGUGAUCGUGAUGCCAUGCCAGCCAACGUUCGUUCGUGUGUGUUUGCCCGGUGUGGGCGUGUGUUCGAUGGAACCUCCAUGCAUGGAUUAGCUUACAGUAGCUGUGUGGGUUACAGUAGCCAGGAUCAGAGAAGAGACAGUAGCUGUGCUGGGGUGUUGAGUGUUCGCUCACUGAUAGCCACAGUGAUGGAGCCACAAGAUGGGGAACACGCGACAGAGAUAGAAGGGAGUAGUAGUACACACCACAGACAAGAAAGAUAUGCAGAGUGCAAGCUUCUGGGAACUGCCGCUGCAAUGCAGUAGUAGCAGUGUACAACAGCAUAGCGUAACAAAUUUGAGAUUUUGGUAAUGUUUAUCGCAGCGAAUGGUAGUGUUUAUCGGAUUGCAAUUA